AAAUCAGUAGGUAGCGCACGUUACUACUCCAUGGUAUGUGAACGCGCGCUAAAGGAUACUCUCCGACCGUUGAGAGCGUUCUAAAAUGAUGGUUUCCUGAGGGCAGUGUGCCUGGUAGGUACCUUCAGUUUGAGCCUGUCAAAUACAUAGUUAAUUGUGUGUCUGAAUAGUGGUAGUAUUAAUUAGAUGUUUGACCUGUUGAAAGUAAUUGAACUAGCAACUGAAUUGGACUCUUUAGUAAGGUCAUCAGUUUGAGAACCAUUGAUGAUGAUGAUUGGUGAUGGUGGUUGUUGUUGUGGUGGUGGUGUUAGUGCUGGUGGUGGUAGUGUUGGUGGUUGUGGUUGUGGUUAUGGUAGUGGUGCUGGUUGUGAUGUGAUGGUGGUGCUGCCAGAUGGAUGGAAUAAUAUACUUGUCCAAGUCACUAAUAUUUAAUUGAGCAAUCUAAAAUAUUUGUAAUCGCAAAUCAUUUGCAACAAGUUUUAACGUUAUUCGAACAAUUUGUUUUAAUUAACCUGUUUGAAAUUUACGAGAGAGUAUAGUAGAUGGGCUUCUCAAAAAACCUUCUACAAUUGCAACUCGGAUCUAGUCUGAUUGUUUUAACUUUAUCAGUCAGUCUGUCUGUCUGUCUGUCUGUCUGUCUGUCUGUCUGUUUGUCUGUUAGUGACUAUGUUGUUUGCAAGGACUCAUUUGUAUGUAAAAAUCCUAGCAUGUGUGCAAGUAGAAUCUGUAUGAGAAUAAGUUAUCUGUGUGUGUUUUGUCUGUCUGUCUGUCUGUCUGUCAAUUUCAUUUAUUGAAACACGAACUCUACGUUACAUUUCUAACAGUAAAUGCAAACAAGCUACUGAGUUCAGCUUCAGCUUAGAGCAAGCUACUUUGAAGUCUCUGUCGUGUAUGUUCUCAUCUACUUCUCCAGAGAAGACAUGAUUCAGCUUGUGGAGGAUGACUUUAGUGUUACAACGAGUCGUAAGAUUAUUGAGAAUUGCUCCCUCCAAAACAUCUAAAGUCAAAUUUUUUAUUAUAGCCUUAAUUAAUGUGACUUGAUCUUCUGACUAUUUUGUUUUAUUAGUUGGUAGCUUCUGAUCCCCAAGUUCCAAAAUGUUCAAAUACCAGAGAAGUCAGUGUUUUCAUAUCUGUCUGUCGGUCUGUCUGUCUGUCUGUCUGUCUGUCUGUCUGUCUGUCUAUUUAUCUGUUUGUCUGUUUGUCUUAAUUCAUUUGUGUGUGUACAAGAGUCUUACGUUAUGUCUGUCUGUAUGUCUGUCUGUCUGUCUGUCUGUCUGUCAGUCUAUUUCUAUGUGUGUGCAAACGGCAAAAUUAAAGUCGUUUUCUAGAAUAGACCUUUUCACAGGGCGUGGCACCAACAACGUCAUCAACUACCGCGGCGUCAAUUUGGUUCUCUUUUGAUGCAUUGGCGUUUGCUAACCGCGUGAGUCUAGAGCCAAAGCAACAAUUUUUCUUUUCGAACUUUAAUCGGUGCGUAUAGCGAUGCAUCGAAUUAGGUGAGGCCUCAUUAAGACUCGGCUCUUGUGUGUUUUGCGUGUUUUACGGUGAUGAACAACCUCUUUCUGAUCUCUUUCGUGACUCUACCGCGUCAUUUUGAGUGAUGAUUUAACAUUGAGACUUGACAGACGUCAAAUGCGGGUACAAACGUGCGUACGUAAUCUAUGAUGCGUGUUCUGUGUGGUACGCACUUACCAAAUGGUUUGGUUUGUACCUCCUGAAUACUUCCUAGAAAGUGCAUCGUCUAGGGAAUGUCUGACGUGAAGAGGAAGUCUUUAGACAAGUCUGGUAGUACUGAGAGAUAAACCAGUCACUCAGUGUUGCUGUACUGUGUUUUAUUUCUUGGAGCGUGUAAUUGCCGUUCUAUCAUGGUUAUGUGCUGUGUUCCUGGAUGUACCAAUGUAUCUGCCAAGGGGAAAUAUUUGAAGUUUUUCAGAUUUCCUUCAAAUGAAGAGGAACGUCAGAGGUGGUUAGAACAGUUAGGACUUGAUGAUGUCUCGACCAAUGCCAGGGUAUGUGGUAGGCAUUUUGUUCGUGGAACCAAAUCAACAACAGGAGUAAUACCAACGUUGUCCAAGACAAAGCCACCUUUUUCUGUUGCUGCAAUAAAGCGAUCCAGAGUUAGAGCUUCUUUUACAUGGUCACCAUCAAAACAAACUCCUCCUUUGAAAAGGCUUGCUGCAAGAGUUAUUUCAAGACCAAGAAGGCCUAAAUCUUCUACUCCUAAGAAGAACGUUGCAGCAUGCAGGCGGUCUCUAAGUCUUAUUUCCCCAAUACGGGAACAUGAAGACAGAGAUGUGGAUGUUGCAGAAGACUUUGAAGACAUGUUUCACAGUCUAAGUAUUGAUGUUGAGCCUCACUCUGACUGUGCAUCAUGUUUUGAGCUGCAGGAGGAAUUAAAGGAAAAAGAAAACUGUAUCAAAUUACUUGAACAGCAAAUGUCUAGUGGCGAGAAUUGGAGGGUUGAGGCAAUUCAAGAUAAUGAUGAAAAGACGUUCUUUUAUACUGGAUUUCGCAGCUACAAUGAUUUCAAGGGUUUUUUCAAGUCGUUAGAGUAUGCUGCCACUUCACUGAAAUAUUGGUCACAGAGACAUACAGCAUUUACAGAGAGUAAAUCAGCAAAACCUCGUUCUCUUUCACCUCUAAAUGAGUUUUUUCUGACAAUGGUUCGUCUUCGUUUGGGGCUAGAGAUGAAAGACCUUAGCUACAGGUUUGGCUUCUCUCUUUCUCAAGUUCAUAAUAUUUUUGUCACAUGGAUAAACUUUCUCUAUUGCCAUUUGAAUGACGUUGACUGGUGGUUGCCAAGGGACACUCUACGUCGAAGUUUACCGCAGUCAUUUAGAGAGGCUUUCCAAAAACCACCUGCAUCAUUGAUGCAACAGAGCUUUUUACAGAACGUCCUUCAGAUAUGGGUUUGCAAUCAGCUUUCUUCUCCAGUUACAAACACCACCACACUGUGAAAGCAUUGGUUGCAAUAUCGCCAUGUGGUCAUGUCAUGUUUGUGUCACAACUAUUUACUGGUGCUAUAUCAGACAGGGAACUUACCAAGCAGUCUGGUUUUCUUAAUAAAUUGGUGCCUGGAGACCAAGUCAUGGCAGACAAAGGAUUUAUUAUUGCCGACAUUCUCAUGGACGUUGGGGCAUCUCUUGUGCUACCUCCUUUUCUAAAAGGAGGAGGUCAGUUUGCCGAGGAGCAAGUCAUUAAAUGCCGGCAAGUGGCGUCUCUUAGAAUCGAUGUAGAAAGGGUGAUCAGACGGAUAAAGAACUAUAGAAUUUUACAAGGCAUAACACUUAGUUCAAGUAUGGAUCUUUUAGAUAAGGUAUUUACUGUAUGUUCGUAUCUAACGAAUUUGCAUCCACCUCUUGUACGGUAAAUUUAAUUUUGUAGGGUAGAUUAAUAUUAAUUAGUGUCAUGAUAUUAAGUUUUGUUUGGAAAAGUAAAUAUAUUGGCUUUUGUUAUAAUUCUGUA